AUGUCUCAAAAUAGUGAGUUGAAUAUCAGUGCAGGAGACCUUAUCCCCUCCCCCACUACAUAUUACCUUGCACAGAAGUACCUUGGCAACGGUGCCUAUGGGAUGGUGAUCCAAUGCAGAAAUGUGACCACCGGUGAAACGGUGGCUUUAAAAAUCAUCCAAAGCACCGAAAACAUUGACUGUGCACAAGAAGAGGAGGUCAUCCUCCAAACCAUGAAGAAGCUCCACUCAGACAGAUUCAACAUCGUCAGCUUGUACGAGACAUUUUUGUACAAGGAACAUUACUGUCUAGUGUUUGAGCUCCUGGAUAUGGAUCUGCAGAAAUUCAAACAGAUCAACCCAGGUCAACACCUUCAGCUGAAGCAGAUCCGCCCCAUUCUGCAGCAGCUAGCUACAGCCUUGGACUUUCUGAACAGUGCAGGGAUCAUUCAUUCAGAUUUGAAGCCAGAUAACGUCAUGUUGGUGGAUCAUGUCAGGCAGCCACUCAAAGUUAAAGUCAUUGACUUUGGCUUAUCCUUGGAUGAUCCUGAGGAAAUGACUGGUGAAACCUUCCAGACCUUGUGGUACAGGUCUCCUGAGAUUCUUUCUAAAGAUCCUUUCAGCGGGAACAUCGACGUAUGGUCUCUUGGCUGCAUUGCUGUUGAGAUGUCAAUGGGCACACCGCUGUUCCCUGCCAAUGAUGAGGAUGAUUUGGGGAAUCAUCCUGUCUGGGUAGAAGACGCCCAAGCUGAAUAUGUGGACCUGCAGUGCUUUAUGGACCUAAUGACACAGAUGCUGAUGAUGAGUCAGCAUGAAAGAAUUACCCCCAGCAGAAUUCUUCAGCAUCCGUUCAUCACGAUGAGCCACCUACAAGGGUCAUACAAAAACAGCCUCUAUGUGAAGUCAUGUGAGGAACUGAUGGAAAUCUGCCAGAAUCAGAGCUCUGAGGAUGGAAGACAUGGAGACCAGGUGAACCUGCAAAUGUCCCUCAACGAGGGCUCCUCCAGCAGCACUGCCAGCCCAGCCAAGGAGGGCCGCAACAGACCAGAAGACUCCCAAGCCACAGUCAGAAGGAGCAAACGGCUGGCAGCCACACGAAAAGGUGCAAGUGGGCAAACGGGCCCAAUCUGGCUCAAGAGGAUGAGAAACAAGCAUGAUCCCACAUCCAAAGGCAACCCCUCAGAAAAGGAGACAAACAUGGGCCCUGCUGGGAUGAGAGACGAGAAGCAUGCAAAAAUGAACGCAAAGCGUGGCAACAGGCCAAAAGAGUCCCAAGCCACGGUCAGAAGGAGUGAACGGCUGGCAGCCACACGAAAAGUUGCAAGUGGGCAAACGGGCCCAAUCCGGCUCAAGAGGAUGAGAGACAGGCAUGAUCCCACAUCCAAAGGCAACCCCUCAGAAAAGGAGACAAACAUGGGCCCUGCUGGGAUGAGAGACGAGAAGCAUGCAAAAAUGAAAGCAAAGCGUGGCAACAGAUUAGAAGGGGUGAAGCAGAGGGAAGAACAGAGCCAUCCCAUAUGGAUUUGA